AUGGACCCGUUAUACGGCGUUGGUGGCUCUUGUGCGUCAAUUGAACAAGUCCGGAAUGUCCCCAGACGGGAUAGCAGUAUCAGUCUUGACGAUGUUGCUUACAAGCGGUGUGUCUCUGAACCUACCAAGUCUCCCCCCGCUCCUCUUAAACCUCAAUACCUUGAAGAACCACGAGAGACUACUAUUGGACAUGAGUGUUCCCUGCCUGCACCCAGUACUAGGUCUUCGUCUUCGGUCAUUGCACCCAUGGAAGUCUAUCUUCAGUGUGAUGAGAGCCAUGAGUCCCGGAUGAUGAGACUGGGUGGUACCAUAUUGGAUCAAGGCAAGCAGACCUUGGAGCCAAGGGAGAUGUCACCUUCGCCAGAGACUUGCAGCUGGGAGAUUGUCAAUUAUCCAAUCCCACCUGGUCAACAAGUGCCCAGCGGUCCGAUGUUGCAGCCUGCGCUGAACUCCAAGGCGACUGACGUUCGGCUGACAAAGACAACGGACUCCAAAGUCGAGCCAGAAGAUCUUCUUUCUGUAUGCUCGGACUCUGAGAUGUCCGAACUAUCGCUACCUGUCGCUCUGCGUGCUGGAAGUGACAGCACAAGUGUCUACAAGAAUGCAGUCGCUGAGUAUAAAGCUGCUAAACGAUCCAAGAGCGCUACUGGGAAAACUCCUGAUAUGAAGGCUCGCAUUUAUAAGGGGAAAAGGACGAGGAAGUUUGGAAAAGGAAAGGAGACUGGGGAGGUGGAAAAGGGUUGA